AUGUCAUCCUACGUGCUCGUCGUCCCCCCCACCCCCAUCAGCACCCCGGGUCCGCCCUCACCCCGUCCCCCACCAGACGACCGCGCCCUCGCCCUCCCUGAGCUCACCCACUCAAGUGAGAGCUCGUCAUCAACGGAUCGCGUACGCAGCUCCUCCGAGACCGCCACCAUCGUCACUAUUUAUUCUAUGUAUGAAGAGGAGAACGCUAGCAGCUGGUCUGCCGCCGCCGCGUCCGCAGUCAGCCAGGCCUCCCAGUCUCGCCCAGUCAGCCGCGCCCUCAAGGACUCUGGCGUUCACUUUCCGAGCAGCAAGAGCCUUCCGGCUUACCACGGCUCGUUUUUACACCAGGACCCUACAUCUACGGAGGACAGUGCGUUCUCCGACUCCUCCGCAUAUGACCGACGGAGCGCCAGCAUGGGCAAGCGACUCAGUGUCGCGGAGAAGUCCCGACAGUCCAUGGUCUCGUCAAACGGCUCCGUGCAACUUGCGUACGCGGAAAGUCGACCACCGUCGACCUACCGGCACUCGGCCGUGGAGAGCAUGGCGAACGGGGUCGCGUCGCGGCGCAGUGCAGGUUCGGAUACCCAUCGCCGCCCGUCCGGUGCCCGGAGCAGAGCAUCGUCCAUGCACAAGGCUUCUGACUCUCAGGCAAGCACGGAGAGUAAGCAGGCCCCUUUACCGCUCUCUCUGGACUCCAUCGACCACAAGCCUCUCCCCCUUCCUCCUCCACUGUCUCCCUUUGUGAUCCCCCCGUCCACCGUUGGCACGCCCGUGCAAUCCCCUCUCGAAGCCGCAUACCCCUCGCCAUCGCCCUCCCCAACACCCUCACUCGGCGUCCCACCUUCCGGACUCCUUUCGGCAGCUUCGUCACCACGAAGCUCGUCAUCGGCGGCCAGUAUCCCAGAAAGCAAGCACUCCGCCGUCGUGCGUUCGGUCGGUGAAGAUGCGGACGCGUUCCACGUCCGGAACACGUAUGCGCAGCUUGAUCAAACUGGGGUCAGGGGCGAUGGCUAUGAAGAGGGCGUAGAGCGCACCCGGGCGCGCGUCGGUGGGAGCCGUGCCAGUGAAAUUCGCGCUCAGCAAGCACUGGCGGACGGGAGCGAGAAAACCCGUGACUUAACGCCUCAGGAGCUGCAGUUAUUGGAGAGCCUGGAUAGGUAUGGGUUCUUUACAAUCCCCUCUCACGAACGCCUCUUGCUCCUCGCUGCGCCGCCGCUCCAACGUCCACUCGCGAUCGCCAACACCACUGUUACGUCUGGGACGUCUAGUCCUCCUCUCCUUCAGCGACAGCCGAAUAGCCCCACGCCGGCCAAGGAGACCUCGCGGACGGGCAAGUGGGGGAGAAUGCUAGUUCCAGCGUCUCGCGACACUGGUGGCAACAUCGACUUCUGGGGUAUCAAGCCUUCCAAAGAGCGCAAAAUUCGCGAGCGCGUAUACAAAGGUAUUCCUGACCGCUGGCGAAGCGCUGCUUGGGAGGUGCUCAUGUGUCGCUUCUCGCGCACGGGCAAGGAGGAACUAAGGCAGUUGAUGCGGGAGUAUCGGGAAGGAUUGGACAAGCCGUCAUCCUAUGACGUCCAGAUAGACUUGGACGUACCACGUACUAUCAGCGGCCAUGUCAUGUUCAGGACGCGGUAUGGGCAAGGUCAACGAUCAUUAUUCCACGUCCUUCAUGUCCUGUCACUGCGCUGUGAGGCGUGUGGCUACUGUCAAGGCAUGGGACCUUUAGCAGCGACUCUACUCAACUAUUUCGAGCCGGAACGCGCGUAUGCAUCCCUCGUGCACAUACACGACGCGUACAACAUGCAUUCGAUCUUCAGUCCGGGUUUCCCAGGACUGCUGGAGGCCAUCUAUGUCCAGGAGCGGUUAACGGAGCAGAUGAUACCUCCCGUGUAUGCGGCUUUCAAGAAGCACACGGUGUCCACAACGUCGUAUGCGACGAAGUGGUACAUCACCUUGUUCGCCAACUCGGUGCCCUUCCAAAUGCAGUUGCGACUGUGGGACGCCUUCCUCCUCGAAGGGCAUGACUUGUUCGUCAUCGUCGCUCUCGCGAUUGUGUGGGUCUAUCGAGAUUAUAUCACCUCCGCUACCGCCAACUUCGAGACCAUUCUGUCCCUCCUUUCCUCCUUCUUCGUCCCCGAAAAUGAAGAUAGCGUCAUGUUUUGGAUCGAGAAGGCUCUUCGGGAUCCCAAGAUUCGAUCAGAUAUGACAGGAUGGAGACAAGACUGGGCCAAGUUGGUCGAAUCUGGGGAGCAGCAUUCCGCACUUCUGUAG